AUGCUUGACUCACACCCUCACCCUCACCCACACCCUCACCCUCGUAAACAACAACAACAACAGCAGCAGCAAAAUAAAAAUAAAAAUAAAAAUAAAAUUCGUUUUGUUGUUGAUACAGAUAAUGACGACAACGAUAAAGAUGAACCACAAGCAAAUGAUGAUGAAGAUAAUGAACCAACAUCUGUUGAUAAUAAUAAUAAAAAGAAAACUAAUAGUAAUAAGAAAAUAAAAAUUCGAUCCUAUCUUGAUAGUAAUCGAAUAUUUAAAUGGUUUUCUGAUAAUCCAAUUAAUAAGGAUAUUAUUCAAAGUCCUGGUAAUCAAAAUUAUCUUAUGAAAGCGGCUCCAAUCUAUGAUGAAUGGCUUCGAACACAGUAUGAAUACCAAGUAUGGGAAAAUUAUUUGAAAUUAGCUCAAGAAUCUAAACAUUGGGCAAAAGAAAUUGUUAAUCGAACCAAUAAUAGAAAAAAUACAGCUAAUAAUUUUCAAUUUAUUAAUAAGAAACUUUCCCAAUUCAAAACUAAAAUUCAUCAGAAAGCAGCUGAAAUUACUAGUUUACAAAUUGAAUUAGGUAAUUAUUGGAAUUAUACAGCGGUAAAAAAGCGUUCAAAACAAACAAAAACAACAAUGACAAAUUCAAAUAAUCCUGCAGAUAUGAUUAUUCUUGCAGGUGCACCAGAUAUUAAUAUUACUCCUGCUAUUACUGCUACUACUAUUACUGCUACUACUAAUACCACUACUGCUCCUUCUACCAGUAUAGAUAAUCACACAGAUCCAGAAUUUCUUCGAAAUGAUAUUCAAAAAGUCGAUAAAUUAUUAAUUAAUUAUAUUGAAGAAAAUAUUCAACAUAUACGAAAUAUGGCUGAAAAUCGUGUUAAAUUAGCUAAAUUAGAAAUGAUUGAAUAUAAAUCAUUUGAAGAUUUUAAACAAAUAGCAACACCAAAUCAAAUCUGUGCACAUGAAAUUAUCAGAACAAAAGUUAAAGUAUGGCAUACGACCAAUAAAAAUUACCAUACAGCUGAUAAGCGAUUAAGAUUUAAUAUUCUUCCAAAAUUUGUUGCCAAAACAAAUCUUAAUUUUAAAUUCAAUAAAACAAUUCGUACACCAGCAGAGACACAAGCUAUUUAUGAUAGAAUGAAUCAAAUUACCAUGAAUUAUCAUAAAGAAGCAAUGGAAGUAUUUACAAAUACACUUGCUGAAGAUGCAGAAUUAUUAAAAUAUGAAAUUGAUCAAUUAAUUAAAGGUUUUCCAAAAGAUGAUACCAAUGAAAUUGAUCCUGAACAGUUCAUUUUUAGAGGAAUAUCGAGUCGACAGCGAAAUCACCACCAACAACAACAGGAUCGACGCUCAGACUUAUGUUCCCAUCAUAGGAACUGCAUUAUCGGUCCAAAUAUAAUUAAUCAAGCACAGACAAAUAUCAAUCUAACUGAAGAUGAAAAAUAUCUACUUCGAUUAGGUCCUCGUUUCAUCUUCAAUAAUCCACAAACAGCUAUAGGACGACGUACAAUUGAACUAACUACACUUCAACGAAAACUUGAAGCUUGUUUUCAUGAACAUAAAGUCAAUCCCGGUCCUCCAGUACAACAAUUUAUAUUAGAGUUAGAUUCGAUAUUACAAGAAUUACAUUCUUCACACACAACAAAUCAAUUAAAGAAGAAGAAGAAAGAAAAGACUAAGAAUUAUCGUCGUAUAAUUAAACGACUUCAAUAUAAAAUUCGGUCAACAAAUACAAUUCUUCGAAAAACUGAUAAAUCAAAAGUAUUUCAUCUAGGAACAAGUGAACAUUAUGAUAAGCAAUCAAAGGAUUAUAUGGAUCGUACACAAGCCUAUCAAUGUAUUGGUACAAAUAAUCCAUUACCAGAUCUUAUCAUUCGUACAAAUAAAUAUCUAUUGGAUUUACGUCUAGCUAAAUGGAUUACACAAAAACAAUAUGAGCAAUUAUGUAUUGGAACAGAUGAAGUUGAAUUAGCUCAUCUCUAUUAUUUACCAAAAGCUCAUAAAUUAGAUACUCCACUUCGACCCAUUGUUACCGGUCUUAAACAUCCCACAAUAAAGAUCUCGAAAUAUUUGGAUGAUCUCUUACAACCAUUAUUUAAUCGAAUGGCUUCAAAAACCACUAUUACUUCUAGUUUUGAAUUAAUUCAACAUUUGAGAAAAUGGUCUAUCAUUCAUAUGAAACAAGAGACUUUAUUAUGUACAAUAGAUGUUUCAGAUCUUUAUACAAUGAUCCCUCAAAUUGAAGGUGUUUUAUCUUUAAAGAAAAUGUUAGAUUAUCUUCAAUUAAAACAAAUUAAAGAUCUCAAAACAGAAGCGAUUAUUCGUUUAGCUAGAUUCGUGAUUCAAAAUAAUUAUUUCUCGUAUAAUGGUCAAUAUUAUCAUCAAGUAAGAGGAGGAGCAAUGGGUUCUCCUCUUACUCUAACUAUAGCCAACUGUUAUAUGUUCUUUUUUGAACAAGAUAUUAUUCGUCAAAUUCAUAACAGUUUUGGUUUAUAUUUUCGUUAUAUUGAUGAUCUGUUUAUUAUAAUUAAUUGGCCACAACGUCAUUUACUACAACAAAUUGAUCGAUGGAAUAAAUUCGAUGAGAAUAUUAUUCUUAAAGCUAAUACAAGCAUUCCAAUUAAUUUUCUGGAUUUACAAAUUAUUAAUCAAGAUGGCAAUUUAAUAACUUCCGUUUAUCAUAAACCAUCCUAUGAACCAUAUUAUUUACCAUUUCAUAGCGUUCAUCCAUUACAUAUGAAACAGAACAUACCAUUUACUAUGUUACUUAGAGCAAUUCGGUAUUGUUCCACAUUUCAAGAUUAUACAAAUGAACGUGGUAAAUUAAGAAUGGAUCUUUUACUUAAUAAAUAUCCAGUAAAAUUUAUCGAUCAACACUUUCAUCGUCUACUACACAAAUUCAAUAUUAAUGAACCAUUAACAAAUUAUAAUUACGAAACAUUACGACAAAACGUUCUCGAUACUCCUUAUGAACAAAAAAUGCCAAUAGAUUACAAGAAGACUUUAUUUGUUCAUUUUCAUUUUGACAUGAAACUUGAAAGCUGUCGAUGA